UUUCUUUGACCAAUGCCUGAUUUUGGUUCAUACUUCCCCAAUUCUAUUUUAUUCUUAUUUUACUCUGCAUCUGUUAUCGGUAAAUAGGUUCAACUUUUUUUUGUUGAGUAUGAGGUAUGAAGAAAGGAGAAAAGUGAGGAGAGAGAGAAGAAAGGAAAGGAGAAAGGAUGUAAAGAAGGAGGAAAUACCCCAAAUUUUGCUCAUUAAUGGAGCGGAGUACGAAAUAGCUGACCCAAUGUCUUUUACAGUCUCUUUACCACAAAUGACAUUUUGACGUUUAUCAGUCCAUCAGAAAGGCAUAAAAGCAGAGACAAGAUCAUGGAGGUUUAUUUUCCCUUAAAAGGAAUAAAUAAUGGGAACACACACAAAAAAGCUGCAAGUUGGUCUUAUUUAGAGACUAAAACAAAAAAUACACAACACCAUAGUAUAUUUCUUGUUUAUGUAACUCUACCCAGGUAGGUAUGUGGCUUGAAAAGUAGCACUGAUCCUUCCUAUAAUGGCUUUUCCAUGCAUUACCUCCUUAGAUCCUAACAAACACCCUGUGAAGUAGGUCACACGGGUAUUAUCUCAACUGAGGAAUUAAAGCUCAAUUUACCCCAAACCAUAAAAUGAAGGUUUACUACAGUGUUAUAAUGGAUAAGAGAGGGGGCUGUGGGUAUCAGCCUUAGCUUGAAUUUCCAGUUUUACUGUUAAUUAUUUAUGAGGUUUUGAGCAUGUCAUUCAACCCGUUUCCUCAUACGUAAAAUGAGAAUAAUGAGUCCUCUUGCACGUCGUCUUUUCCCUCCUCUGAAUGUUCUAUAUAUUUUGCGUGAGGUCUCUAGAAGUAGAGCUUGGCCAGACCUAACGCAAGCCUUGUCUCGAUCUUUCUCCUGGGAUUUCGGUCUCCAGCUCCAAGUUCUCCUCUCCCCCUCCAGGGCAGGGAAUACCGCUUGGUCCCUUUGUGACUUGCCAAUGUUCCAGCUGACAGCCACCCCAGCAAGCGCCCUCGCAGAUGAGUCAGUGCACAUCCAAGUGACAGGCCUGUCCCCGAUGCAGUUGGUGACCCUAACGGCGUCUCUGAAGGAUGAGAAGGGGAAUGUGUUCCAGUCCAAAGCCUUCUACAAGGCGAACGAGGUUGGUGAGCUGGACCUAAUGCAGGCUCCUGCAUGUGGAGGCGACUACGUGGGGGUCCACCCGAUGGGCCUCUUCUGGUCUCUGAAGCCCCAGAAGGGUUUCAGGAGGCUGCUUAAGAAGGAUGUGAUGAACAGCCCCUUUUGGGUCACUCUGAACCUGUAUGACUCAGUUUGUUUCCAAGAUUCCAUCAUAGGUGAGCCCAUGGCCAGCCAGGUGGUCCAGCGCUGGUUCUCAGCCCCUGGGGUACAGCGUAUUCAGAUCCGAAAAGGUCGGGUGCGAGGAGCCCUUUUCCUGCCUCCAGGGGAAGGUCCUUUCCCAGGAGUCAUGGAUUUGUUUGGGGGCGCAGGGGGUCUGAUUGAGUUUCGGGCCAGUCUUUUGGCUGCACACGGCUUUGCGGUGCUGGCCUUGGCCUACUUUGCCUACGAAGAUCUGCCCAAUUUAUUGCAGGAGAUCGACCUGGAAUAUUUUGAGGAAGCUGCUAACUUGCUACUAGCUCAUCCCAAGGUCCAAAUGCCAGGAAUCGGAGUGAUCUCUGUGAGCAAAGGUGCAGAGAUCGGACUGGCCAUGGCCUGCUUCCUGAAGCAGGUGGUAGCCACCAUCUGCAUCAAUGGGCCCAAUGCCAUCUAUGAAUUUCCGCUCAGGUACAAAGAUCUGGUUAUAACACCCAUCCCCUCGUUUAUGGAGCGCAUGCAGUAUGACAUCUCAGGGUCUAUGCGACUCCGUCACUACAGGGGAGACCCCCGGGAUGAACUGAAUCAGCAGAGCGUGCUUCCUAUUGAGAAGGCCCAGGGUCCGAUCCUCUUCGUGGUGGGAGAGAAUGAUGAAUGCUUGAAUAGCAAGGAGCAUGCUGAGCAGGCCCUGCACCAGCUCUGGAGCCACGGGAGAAACAAUGGAAGGAUGCUGGCGUACCCUGGGGCGGGCCAUCUCAUAGAGCCGCCCUAUACACCCCUGUGUUAUGCCUCCCCAAACAAGAACUCUUGUUUCCUGCUCUGGGGAGGGGACCGCAUUGCCCACGCUGCAGCCCAGGAGCACUCCUGGGGAGAGAUGCUGAAAUUCUUCAGACAACACCUUAUUCAAACCAGUAGGAAACUCUGA